UUUGACAACCACAAAUGCCAGAAGGAAGUCAAACAAGACAAACAAAAGACAUGGCCUGCUUUUCACAAUGAUUACGUGAUUACAGAAUUUAUCAUGUUGAAACAAUUGUACUGAGCUAAAGUUAUGAAAUCUCAAUUUGUUUUAUAUUUUCUUGCGAUCUUCCGCCAUUUCCAAGGCAAUUUAUCAGACCUUUCAUCUCACCCUGGACAUUUAAAACCACUUGGUUCCAAUUGCACAAUUGUGAAUGUUGAUUCAGUGGAAUAUUUCCCAAAUCCUCGUGAUUUCUAUUCAAAAUACGUCGAGGGUAGUCGACCAUUAGUUAUACGAGGUGGAGCAAAGCUAUCGCCAGCUUUUAAAUUGUGGACUGACGAAUAUUUGGCAUCUAUAGAAGAAGGCAAGAAAGAAAUUGUAAUUGUUGAACAAGCGAAAAAAGAAAAUAGAACUUUAACGCCAGAGGAGAUUCCCUUCACUGAUUUUGUUAAAAGAUAUAAAGAUGAAGAUAUAUACCUUGUGAAUGAUUUACCCCACUUUCUUAGUAAGGAUGUAUCUCUUCCAACUUCAUUGUUAUGCGAGGACAUUGUCAAACAUAUGGUGGCCAAGAUGAUGUGGUUUAGCAGCGGUGGAACUAAGUCGGUUUUACAUACUGAUUCAGCUGAAAAUAUUAAUUGCCUUUUUGAUGGUAUUAAGUAUUUCUACCUCAUUGAUCCCAACAAAUAUAAAGAAAACGUUACUAUAGAAAACACAAAAUCUGCUUAUUCCAAUGUAGAUGUUGAAAGGGUAGAUUUUCUCAAGUAUCCUGGUCUUGCUGAAGUUGAGUAUCAUUAUGUUCAAAUGCAAGCUGGUGAUUGUUUAUACAUACCAUAUUUAUGGUACCAUCAUGUAUCCUCCUUUCAUCGCAACAUUGCAGUUAAUGUCUGGUGGAGUCCAUCAGCAAAACCUCAAUUAGACAAAUGCAAUGUUAGCAAUACAACAUUAAAUGAACUAACAUUUAUUGGUUUUGAUGCGCUAUUACCAAAGGAAGCUCUUGAUGGAUUGAAAGUGUUAUUGAGAAAAAUGUUUUCACAUUAUGAAACAGAAGCUGUAAACAUAGAAGAUUUUAAAUGGUUUUUUCAGGAGUAUUCUGGUGUCUUUGAAGACGGAGCGACAUGGUCAGAUGAUAUGACAGAUAAACUUGACAAGAUAUUUUCUUACAUUGAAAAGCCAGUUCAAGAUGACCUACUUACUAUUGAUGAUAUAGAGUCAUUGGAUGAAGAUACUUGGGAUAAGGUUGCAAGUUUAGCUAUCAAGCUUACAGAGCAAGUAAAUGAACAGUUUGAACAAGACAGUGAUGAUGGCAAUUAUGAAGUUGAAAAUGACGACUCAAGAUCCGUGGAUAAAAAGGAUGAACUUUAAUGUGAAUAUAUUUUUAGAAAGAGUUGAAAAUAUGAGAAAAAAAAUGAAAAUCAAAGGCAAUUUGGAAAAAACAAAAUGAUAAGUAGUUACCAUUUUAACUCAGGAAGUUGAAUAUCUAUAUAUAGGUAUAAAAUUUAAUCCAACAUUUUAAUUUUGACCAACUCAGUUUACGCUAUGAUUAAUCUAUUUUUGAACUAUUUUAUAGAAAUAAAAUAUAGAAGGUUUGAAAGCAGGA